AUGCUCGAGGCCGGCGUCGCUGGCCAGGGCCUCGACCGAGACCUGUCACGAAAGAAGAGCCUUGUACGACCCGAACGACGACGCAACGACCCCGAAGACCCCAACUAUUACUACCGCAAGCAUGCGCAGAAGAUGAACGUCCUGCCCUCGACCACCGGCACGGAUCCCCAGAUGGAAGAGGAGCUGUUGACCCUGACCACCGAUUCGGCGGCCCUGCACGGUCAAGGAGAGGUCCUCGACACUUCGCCGCUCAAUGAGAAGCCGACCAACAAAGACGGCGCGCGCAGGCAGCCGGCGAAACUCACCCGACGGACGACCGCCAACAUUCACGACAAGCAGGUGAAGGACAAGCGACGACAGGAGAAGAUGGAGGACAGCGGUGCGCUCACCCUCUGGGGUGCGUACUGCCACGUGUUGACGUUCUGGUGUCCGAAUCUCAUCCUGUCCCUCAUGGGCAAGAAGUCGAAAGAGCAGCAGCGAGCGUGGCGGGAAAAGAUUGGUCUCUGCAGCAUCAUCCUCUUGAUGAUGCUGUUUGUCGGAUACCUCACGUUCGGUUUCACCGCCACGGUCUGCCCGGAAGGAGGUCCCUUGCGUCUCCGCAUCAACAACGUAGACCGCGGAUACAUGAUCUUCCACGGCCAAGCCUACGAUUUGACCCGCUCGCAGCAUCCCCUGGCGCGCGGUGUCCCCGCGGGGAGCAACGUGCUCUUCGACGGCACCAACCCGGGCGCAGGCAUGGACGGGAGUUUCCUCAUGCAAAACGUCAAUGGCGCCUGCAAAGGCCUCAUCACUCCGUCGCAAAACUCCGAUGUGCCGGUGGACAGCAAAGGCAACAUGGCGUGGUACUUCCCUUGCAACCUCUUCAAACAGGACGGCUCGACCCCUCCCAACACGACCAUCCCCUACUACCUGGGAUACGCCUGUCACACCUCUCGGACCGCCCGUGAGGCGUUCUAUGGCGGUCUGCGGUCAUCGGGCGAUGUCUACUUCACCUGGGAGGACAUUCGAAACACUUCCCGCAACUUGGUCGUCUACUCGGGAGAUGUCCUCGACUUGGACCUCUUGAGAUGGUUCAACGCCAGUCAGGUGGCGGUGCCUCCGGAAUUCGAACAGAUCCGCACCAACUCCGUGCUGCGCGGCAAGGACAUCACCCUGGCGUACACCGCUUCCGACAAGAAGCAGAUCGCGCAGUGCUUCCAGGAGAUCAUCAAGGUCGGCUCGAUCGAUACCGAGUCGGUGGGUUGUAUCGCUUCCAAGGUCGUGCUCUACGUCUCGCUCAUCUUCAUCCUCGGCAUCGUCGGCAUCAAGUUCGUCCUGGCCUGUUUGUUCCAAUGGUUCCUCUGCCGCAAAUACGCCGCCGACAAGACCAGCAUGCCGAGCGACAAGAAGGCGCGCAACCGACAGAUCGAAGACUGGAGCGACGACAUCUACCGCCCGCCGCCAAAGAUCACCGACCCGGUCGCCAGCAGCGGUGGCAGUGACCGUGGGAGCAAGCGCGGUACCUUCAUGCCGACCACCUCUCGUUUCACCAGCCCGUACGCCAUGGACAAGGGUGCUUCGAAGACCAUGCCCACGACCAUGACUUCCCAGACCAAUUCCCGACUGAUGGUUCCCGCCGGCGUAUCUGGCAUUUACGGCCACAGCAACCGCUCCGAUGGAAGCCUCGAUGGCAGCCGACCCGGUGCCGCAAGCCACGCCAGUCUGAUGGACUCGCACAACUUCCCGGCCAGCCGAUACAGCAGUGUCAUGACCGAUGGCAAUGGGCCGCAAGGUUUCAUCCACGAUGCGGUCGUCCCGCAGCCGCCGCCGGAAUGGCAGCCUUUCGGCUUCCCGCUCGCGCACACCAUCUGUCUCGUCACCGCCUACUCCGAAGGUCUCGAAGGCAUCCGCACCACGCUCGACUCCAUCGCCAUGACCGACUACCCCAACAGCCACAAGAUGCUUUACGUCGUGUGUGAUGGGCUCAUCAAGGGCAAAGGUGAAACCAUGUCGACCCCCGAUGCCUGUAUCAGCAUGAUGAAGGAAUUCGCCGUGCUCCCGGACGAUGUCCAGCCCUACUCGUAUGUCGCCGUCGCGAGCGGUAGCAAACGUCAUAACAUGGCCAAGGUCUACUGUGGGUUCUACGACUACGGCGUCGACAGCAUCAUCCCCGUCGAGAAGCAGCAGCGCGUCCCCAUGGUCCUCAUCGUCAAGUGCGGCACCCCCGCCGAGGCCACGGCGUCCAAACCGGGCAACCGUGGCAAGCGUGACUCGCAGAUCGUCCUCAUGUCUUUCCUCCAGAAGGUCAUGUUCGACGAGCGCAUGACGGAACUCGAGUACGAGAUGUUCAACGGCAUCUGGAAGAUCACGGGCAUCAGCCCGGAUUUCUACGAGAUCGUCCUCAUGGUCGACGCCGACACCAAGGUCUUCCCCGACUCCCUCACCCACAUGGUCAGCGCCAUGGUCAAGGACCCCGAGAUCAUGGGCCUGUGCGGCGAGACCAAGAUCGCCAACAAGACCCAAUCCUGGGUGUCGAUGAUCCAGGUGUUCGAAUACUUCAUCUCCCACCACCAGGCCAAGUCCUUCGAGAGCGUCUUCGGCGGUGUGACCUGCCUCCCCGGAUGUUUCUGCAUGUACCGCAUCAAGACGCCCAAGGGCGGCCAGAACUACUGGGUGCCCAUCCUCGCCAACCCGGACAUCGUCGAGCAUUACUCCGAGAACGUGGUCGACACCCUCCACAAGAAGAACCUGUUGCUGCUCGGCGAGGACCGUUACCUCAGCAGUCUGAUGCUCAAGACCUUCCCCAAGCGGAAGCAGGUCUUCGUCCCGCAGGCCGUGUGCAAGACCACCGUCCCCGAUGAGUUCAAGGUGCUCCUCUCCCAGCGCCGUCGCUGGAUCAACUCGACCGUGCACAACCUGAUGGAGCUCGUCCUCGUGCGCGACCUCUGUGGUACCUUCUGCUUCUCCAUGCAGUUCGUCGUCUUCAUCGACCUCGUCGGCACCGUCGUCCUCCCUGCCGCCAUCGCCUUUACGCUCUACGUCCCCGCGGCGACCAACACGCCCGCGCCGGUGAUCCCCCUCGUGCUCCUCGCGCUCAUCCUCGGUCUCCCGGGCGUGCUGAUCGUCAUCACCGCGCACCGCGUCAGCUACGUGCUCUGGAUGUUCGUGUAUCUCCUCUCGCUGCCGGUGUGGAAUUUCAUCCUGCCCUGCUACGCCUUCUGGCACUUCGACGACUUCUCCUGGGGCGACACCCGCCAGGCCGCCGGCGAGGUCCGCGGCGCCGACAAGUCCGGCCACGGCGGCGACGGCGCCUUCGACUCCUCCAAGAUCACCAUGAAGCGCUGGGGCGACUUCGAGCAGGAGCGCCGCCUCCGCCAGGGCGACUGGACCCCGCCGCCCAUGCCCUUCGGCGCCGCGCAUUACGCUCGCCCCGGCCCCGAGUCCCCCGCCGGGAGCGUGGUCGGCGGCGCCGGCGCCGGCGCUGCGCAUGGCUACGACUCCCGCACCAGCAGCCCCCAGAUGAUGGACCGCGUCGAGAGGAAGCCCAGCGCGUACAUCCUCUGA